AUGAGAAGAACCCUACUGAGGCCUUCAUUCCUCUGCUCUUCAUCUCGUUCCCUUCCUUUACUCGAUCCUAAAUCAUAUUCUUUGUAUCGAAAUGGGAAAUUAUCACCUAAUAGUUCAGAUUGCAAUGUCACUCGUGGUUUCGGCGAGAAUUUCAGGUUUGUCUUUACGAACACUCUUCUCCCUCCUCCCGAAUGGAUAGAACCCUUUGUGGAUGUCUCUGAUGUAGUUUCGAGCUCUCAACGCCCAGAUCCAUCUCCAUGGGUGGCUCAAAUUUUGAAUCUUCUGGAUGGGUCUUCGAACAUGGAAGCUAAUUUAGAUUCUUUUUGUCGGAAGUUUUUGAUUAAGUUAUCGCCAAACUUUGUUGCAUUUGUUUUACAAUCUGUUGAACUUCGUGACGUUCCUGAAAUUGCUAUUCGGUUCUUUUAUUGGGCGGGUAAGCAGAAGAAAUAUGUUCAUAAGAUCGAAUGUUACGUAUCUUUGAUUGAACUCUUAACUUUUUCGGCCGAUUUGGUGAAAAUCAGACUGAUAUUCUGUGAACUUAAAGGUAAGGGUCUGUUAAUGACUCUAUCAGCGGCUAACUCUUUGAUUAAGAGCCUUGGGAAUCAUGGGCUUGUUGAGGAAUUGUUGUGGGUUUGGCGUCGAAUGAAGGAAAAUGGGAUUGAGCCGAGUUUGUAUACUUAUAACUUUUUGGUUAAUGGGUUGGUGAAUUCAAUGUUUAUUGAGUCUGCUGAGAGGGUUUUUGAGGUUAUGGAUGGUGGGAAGAUUGUGCCCGACACUGUGACAUAUAAUGUUAUGAUCAAAGGAUAUUGCAAGGCUGGGAAAAUGCACAAGGCAAUGGAGAAAUUUAGAGCUAUGGAGAUGAAGAACGUGAACCCGGAUAAGAUUACGUACAUGACAUUGAUCCAGGCGUGUUAUUCCGAAGGAGAUUUCGAUACUUGUCUGAGUCUUUACCUUGAAAUGGAAGAAAGGGGACUGGAAAUUCCUUCUCAUUCUUAUAGUUUAGUUAUUGGUGGGCUCUGUAAGCAAGGAAAAUGUAUGGAAGCUUAUGCUGUUUUCGAGAAGAUGAAUCAGAAAGAUUGUAGAGCGAACGUUGCAAUUUAUACAGCUUUGAUCGAUUCGUACUCGAAAAGUGGGAGCAUGGGAGAGGCCAUGAGGCUGUUUGAGAGGAUGAAAAAUGAGGGGCUUGAACCGGAUGCUGUUACGUACAGUGUCGUCGUUAAUGGAUUGUGCAAGAGUGGUAGAUUGGAGGAAGCAAUGGAAUAUUUUGAUUUCUGCAGAAAUAAAGGAGUGGGGAUCAAUGCAAUGUUCUAUGCUAGUAUGAUUGAUGGACUUGGAAAGGCUGGGAGAAUUGUAGAAGCAGAAAAUCUUUUCGAAGAAAUGUUCGAAAAGGGUUGUGCUCGAGAUUCGUAUUGUUAUAACGCCAUUAUAGAUGCACUAGCCAAGCAUGGGAAGAUUGAUCAAGCUUUAACACUUUUUGGGAGGAUGGAAGAAGAAGGCUGUGAUCAAACAGUUUAUACAUACACAAUUCUUAUCGACGGGCUGUUCAAGGAGCACAGAAAUGAAGAGGCGAUAAAGCUAUGGGACACGAUGAUCGACAAAGGAAUCACCCCAACGGUAGCUUCUUUCAGAGCUCUUGCCAUAGGGCUGUGUCUUUGUGGCAAGGUAGCCAGGGCUUGCAAAAUCUUGGAUGACCUUGCCCCUAUGGGUGUCAUUCCGGAGACAGCAUUCGAGGAUAUGAUCAACGUAUUGUGCAAAGCCCGACGCGUCAAGGAAGCCUGCAAAUUGGCAGAUGGAAUCGUGGAUCGGGGCCGGGAAAUACCAGGAAGAAUACGUACCGUUCUUAUCAAUGGCUUGAGAAAGGCAGGUAACUCUGAUUUAGCUAUCAAACUAAUGCAUAGCAAGAUUGGCAUAGGAUAUGAUCGGAUGGGUAGUAUUAAAAGGCGUGUCAAGUUUAGAACACUUAUUGAAAACUGAGUUUUUCUCUGCUCUGAUGCCUAUAUACUCAGUUUUAUUUUGUUAUUCAUGCUUUGGCCUACUUCAUGGCUUGAAUACUGAUUGUAGUGAACAGAGUUCUAGGGACGCUCUGUUUUGGCUGUCUGGGUUUAUUUCUUGAAUACCAAUCCUACCAUACAUA